AUGUCUUCCCUCGCUCGCCCCAUGCUCCGCUCGCCGGCCCUACGUGUCGCCGCCCGACGAUUCGAGAGCACCACUGCCCAGAAGGCUGCCGAUAACGCCAAGAAGGCUGCUGAGAGUGCUAAGCAGGCUGCUUCCAGAGCUCAAGAAGGUCUAUCACGCGUCACAUCUACCGCCGGUCCUGCUAUCGCUGGUUACGCAAAGGGCAUGGCUAGCACUUUGGGCAAGGUUGGCGGACGAACGGGCAAGGUCAUCGGCUUUAUCGAGCGACAAGUCCCCUUCGUGGUCUACUACUCCAAGGUCGGUCUUGAGAUCGGCAAGUUCGUUUUCCAGAACCAAAAGAUGAGCCCUCCUAACAUGGCCACUUUCCAAACUACCUACCAAAACCUUAUCAAGUCCAUCCAGAACCGCACCAUUAUCCAGUCUUCUCAGAACCUUGUCCAGCAGGUGAAGAACAUCGGUCCUGCCCAGCUCGCUGCCGGUGGUGUCGUUGCGGCUGAGGUUCUCGGUUUCUUCACCGUUGGUGAGAUUAUUGGUCGAUUCAAGCUUGUCGGCUACCGCGGCGAGGUUUCUUCUCACCACUAA